UGUGACGGUUCCCUACUCAGUACGUUUUCUGUUUUCCCAUUGCGCAUGUCCAUUAUAGACAGCGAGACAACGAAAAUGGCCGAUAUGGAGAUGGAGGUUGACGGCAAAAGCUUGGACAGUGUGAAAGAACGAGAGGGAGAGGAAGUGGAGAGUUCGGAGAAGAGCGGCAACGAGGAGGAGAACGGGGAGGUGUCCGGGGAGGAGGAAGAGGAGGAUGAGGACAAUGACGGGGGAAAGCCUGAAGGGGAAGUCAAGCGCAGUGGUGGCGGCGGCGGCGGCGGCAGCAACAGCAAACACAAGAAGAAGAAACACAAGCACCGCAGCAAACACAAGAAGCACAAGCACUCGUCCCCGGAGGAGAAGGACCGCCGACACAAGCACCGGCACAAACACAAAAAACACAAGCGCAAGGAGAGCGCGUCCUCGGCCACGGGGGCCAACAGCGGCGUUUUCGGGGGCAAGGACGCGGCGUCGCCCCCCGCCUCCAAGCGGCCCAAGUUCGACGACAUGGCCGUCCUGGAGGACCUGGAGAAGCAGCGGGCGCUGAUCAAAGCCGAGCUCGACAACGAGCUGAUGGAGGGGAAGGUGCAGUCGGGCAUGGGUCUCAUCCUGCAGGGCUACAACUCCGGGUCGGAGGAGGAGGGCGAGAUUCAGGACCGCGCGCGCAACGGGGAGCAGCUCCGCGCCCCGUCCGGGAAGACCCUCACCCCCAAGGGGCAGCAGGGGAGCGCCCGGGGCAACACGGAGGCCAAGCCCCGGCGGGAGUCCGGCGGCGACGCCGCCAAACCCGCGUCCAAACGCCGCAGCCGGAGCAAGUCCAAGGACCGGGCCGGGAAGCUGCAGAAGUCCGAGCGGAGGAAGAGCCGCGGCGGGCCGGAACCGGCUGCUAAGGAGAAGCCGAAAGCUCGGAGCGGGUCCAAAGAGAGGAAGCGUUCCCGCACCCCGGACAAGAGCCGCGACAGGGCCCGGAAGUCCAAAUCUCCCGCCAACAGGAAGCACCCUUCCGCGGAGAGGAGCCGGCCCACGCCGUCUCCGACGGGGGAGGCGGAGCCGGCGGCCCGCGGCAACAAGAGGCCGUCGCCCCCGGCGACGCCGACGGCGCCGGCAGCAGUGCAGUCCGCGGAGAGCCGCAGCCGCGCCGGGCGCCGGUCCAAAUCGCCCGAGAAGCGGAGCCGGUCGCGAGACCGCCGGUCGCGGUCCAAGGACCGGAGGCCCAGGCGGUCGGAGGGCGACAAAGAGAAGGACAAAGACCGGGAGAGAGACAGGGACCGGGAGAGGGAGAGGGACAGGGACAAGAAGCCGGCCAAGUCCCCCUCCAAGGACGCCUCCUCGGGCAAGGAGAACCGCUCCCCGGGCCGGAAGCGGCUGCCCAGCCCGCAGCAGAGGCGAAGCGCGUCCCCCAGGCGAUGGGACCGCCGGUCCCCCCAGCCCCCCGCCAACGCCCCGUCCGCCGGGUCCAAGCAGAGCCGCUCCGCCUCGCGAAACCGCUCCCCCGCCAGGAGGGGGCGCAGCCGGUCCGCGGAGCGCCGGCGCCGGGAGGCGGAGCGCCAGCGUCCCGUCAGGAUGCGGUCGCGGGACGAGGCUGGCCCGCGGAGGGAGGGCAGCCCGGUUCGGCGCAGGAUGAGCCGCUCCCCCCUGAGACGGAGGUCCCGGUCUCCACGGAGACGCAGCCGGUCCCCGCUCAGACGCAGGUCUCUGGAGCGGGACAGGCUGGGCCGCCGGAUGCGCUGGCGCUCCGGGUCGCGCGACCGGCGGAGGAGGCGCAGCCGGGACAAGGAGGACAAGUUCAAGGGCAGCCUGUCCGAGGGCAUGAAGGCCGACCAGGAGGAGUCCGACGACGAAGUGCUGGAAGACUUUGAUGUUGAUGAAGAGGACGAGGAGGCCCUUAUCGAGCAGAGACGUCUCCAGAGGCUGGCCAUUGUGCAGAAAUACAGGGCGGUGAACGAGGACAGUAACACGUCCGUUCCCUCGGAGCCCAGCAGCCCGCAGAGCUCCCCGCGCAGUCGCUCCGCCUCGCCCGACGACAUCCUGGAGCGCGUGGCCGCCGACGUCAAGGAGUACGAGCUGGAGAACGUGGACACCUUCGAGGCCAACAUGAAGGCCAAGCAGAACCUCAUCGCCCUGGAGAAGGACGGAUCCAAUCCAAAAAAGCCAUCAGCGCCGGACAUGUUCACGGAGUCGGACGACAUGUUCGCGGCGUACUUUGAUAGUGCCAGACUACGAGCCGCCGGCAUCGGGAAGGACUUCAAGGAGAACCCCAACCUCCGGGACAACUGGACGGACGCGGAGGGCUACUACCGGGUGAACAUCGGGGAGAUGCUGGACAAGCGCUACGGCGUGUACGGCUACACGGGCCAGGGCGUGUUCAGCAACGUGAUCCGAGCACGCGACAUGGCCCGGGCCAGCCAGGAGGUGGCCAUCAAGAUCAUCCGCAACAACGAGCUCAUGCAGAAGACGGGUCUGAAGGAGCUGGAGUUCCUCAAGAAGCUCAACGACGCCGACCCCGACGACAAGUUCCACUGCCUGCGGCUCUUCAGACACUUCUACCACAAGCAGCACCUCUGCCUGGUGUUCGAGCCCCUCAGCAUGAACCUGCGGGAGGUGCUGAAGAAGUAUGGGAAGGACGUGGGGCUCCACAUCAAGGCGGUGCGCUCCUACAGCCAGCAGCUCUUCCUGGCCCUCAAACUGCUCAAACGCUGCAACAUCCUGCACGCCGACAUCAAGCCCGACAACAUCCUGGUGAACGAGUCGAAAACCAUUCUCAAGCUCUGCGACUUCGGCUCUGCAUCCCACGUGGCCGACAAUGACAUCACGCCUUACCUGGUCAGCAGGUUCUACAGGGCGCCUGAAAUCAUCAUUGGGAAGCCCUAUGAUUACGGGAUCGACAUGUGGUCGGUGGGCUGCACGCUCUACGAGCUGUACACGGGGAAGAUCCUCUUCCCGGGGAAAACCAACAACCACAUGAUCAAGCUGGCCAUGGACCUCAAGGGCAAGAUGCCCAACAAGAUGAUCCGAAAAGGGCUCUUCAAGGAUCAGCACUUCGAUCAAAACUUGAACUUCUUGUACAUUGAAGUAGACAAAGUGACGGAAAGGGAAAAAGUGACGGUUAUGAGCACCAUCAACCCCACCAAGGACUUGCUCACGGACAUGAUCGGCUGCCAGCGUCUCCCCGAGGACCAACGCAAGAAGGUGGUCCAGCUGAAGGACCUGCUGGACCAAAUCUUAAUGCUGGACCCGGCCAAGAGGAUCAGUAUCAACCAGGCCCUUCAGCACCCCUACAUCCAAGAGAAGAUCUGACCAGCGCGCCUGCUGCUGCUGCUGCUGCUGCUGCUGCAACCACUGCUACUACUAAGUACUAUGGGUCUGGCAGAAAGCAAACAAACCCCAGAAACCUGAUUUGUUUAGUAACUGCAGAGACUGAUUGAAGAGUACCUAGGAAAAAGAAACCUUUUUUAAAAAAAAUAGUAACGUUAUUUUUUUUUAUUGUUGUUUUGACGCACAUUUACAUACCCGUGUUUUUGUUUUUAUUAUGAAUUUAUUAAGCAAUGAAAGGGUAGGGGGUCCAAAAAAAAAAAAAAAAAAUCACAUGUACAUUUCCGUUUUUUUUUGGGACGCCCUAAAAUCAAAUAAAAAACGGUCCGAUAUCCAGGUUGGCUUUGGUGCGAAGGUUUGGCUUCGAAGUUUAUGGGCCACCCUAAUGAAGUUUUAGAGCAGAAGAAAAUAUUCCCUUUAUUGUGCUGGAUAGCUAAACCUUUUUAUCCUCUGUUCAGAAAUACUCAUUUUUGUGGGGGGGGGGGGGCCCUUGUAACAGUCGAAGGGUUGAAGGAAGUAAUUACAAACAGGUUUUGUAUUGUUCCAAGUUGAGAUAGGGAAGGUUUAUUGUAGUUUUCUUUUUUCCUUUUUCUUUUUUUUAGCUUGCCAAGGCUGCACAAGGCAGAGCAAAAACGGUCCCUCGAGUCCUUUCGGCACGGCGCUCUAGUCGAGGGCCCCGCGGGGCCCCGGUGCGGUGUCUGGUGCAGACUUGGCGGCUGUUGCUGUGUGUGGCGCAGGCCAGCGUAAAUGCUGUGUAUAUCCGCGUCUCCCCCAGGUGUGAGUGCGCAGGCCCGGCGGCAUGGCGCGUCCGUGGUGUGGGUCUUGUGUCCUUCUCGAGUCCACCCUACCGGGACGGCCUGCGCUCCUCUGUUAAAGCAGGUUGUGUACCACUUUCAGUACACUGAAGGUAAGCUCCCCCAAAACCCAUCAACUUCACCGCCGUUCUCGCGCAUUCUAGCACACUGGCAAAAUUACCUUUUAAAAAAAAAAAAAUUAAAAAAAGAAAUUCAGUCCUGGCUUCUCUGGCACUUGUUUUUUUUUGUUUUGUUUUUUUUGCGAGUCUUGCAUGUGUAAAGAGUGAAAACGUACGUAAAUGAUCACGUAAAUAAAAUCUUUCUUAAAAAAAAAAAAUAAUAUUUUAAAUCGAUGUGCUGAUGGUUUUGUUUCAGAUUUAACACUGUGUGUGUAUAGCUCACGUCAAUUGCAUUGUGUCGAUGAAAAUUCAUUUGGGAGUAUCUAAAAUGAGAAAAAAAAGUACAAAUGUAUUUUUGGCAAACCAAUAGAAGUGUGCAGAUUUGUGGGCUGAAGGGACUGGAGGAAGCUCUGAUGGAUGACGGCACCUUCAGUGUACUGCUUCUGUCGAUAAAAUCUCUCUAGUCUUUGCAGAAAUGUGACUUAGUAAGGGGGUAGUCUAUCCUUUUCUCUAUCCUUUUUCAGUUUUUCACCCUUCACUAUAUCUUAAGUAAUCUUAGAAAACUGCAUGUCAGGGUAUAAGAUGGCAGUCUAUUAUAUGUUGUGUAAUAUUCUUUUAGUGUGCACUUUUCUUAUAAAAAAGAAAAAAAAAAAGGAAAAAAAAGGCCAUUUAAACUUUUUUCUGUUUUUGUCCUCUGACUCAUAUCUGUGAUCAUGUUGUCUUUUGAUACAGGGAUAUUCCUGCUCUGAUCUUUGCAUCAGCUUGUUACGAGCGGUAAUUGCUUCUUUACUAUAUUUUCCUUGUAUUGUACUGUUGUACCAUCUCUGGGCAUUCUUGGACGAAAAGAAACCGGGCAAACCAAAAGCAUAGUUUAUGCAGUUCUUUUUUCCUUUCUAUGUGUUUUGCUUCUUGUCAUCUCAGAAGUCUUCCCUGCAUGUUGACUGGACGGUGCAGAAUUAUUGUAAAUUUUCAGUAUGCAUCAAAAAAAAAAAAAAAGCGGCAUAAAAUAAAGUUUUUUUUGUGGAAAAAAAAAAAAUGGGACGAAACAUGGUUGCAGACCUUCAGAUCUUUCUGUGGUCUUUUUUUUGUGCACUAACUCUUUUUCUUUCUGAAGCACUUAACCUGAAACACACGUAAAAUUUCAGACAGAAAAGUAAGACUGCAUUUUGUUUACCCUGUGCCUUUACUGCUAUACCACCUCUUUCAGCACUUGUCUGCACAUUAGGCUGAUGUUUUGGGGGUGAUGUUAUGGAAGAAGAAAAAAGCAGUCCUGUGUGUUCUGACACUAAUUGCUCUUUGUGAUGUUUCUCCCACUCUUUCCUGUGGUUGCUGAGAGAGACAAUGCAAGUUAUGCCUCCAGGUCAACAGGCUCAAUCCACCGUCCUCUACUGCCUGGUUCUGCUUUGAAAGACAAGACCUCCAUCUACUUAACAAGGUCAUUUCUGAUGGCAUGUGUAGAUCAAAGACAAUGUGAGAGACACGUGUUAAAAAAAGAAAAAAUUAAAAAACACAAGCUCUAAUGCAAAGUUCUGAAAGUGCCGUUUGGUCCUUUUCUAGUGGUCACAUUGGCAAAUGUACACAAAGGCUUGGUCUGGAUAAGGUUUGGGUGAAGAUCCAUUGGGAGAGCAUGGAAACUGUGCUACUCUGGGGUAUAUUUGUACAAAUUGUGUUCCUUUGUGGUACAUUUGGGCCAAUGAGACUGCAGUCAACUAAUGUCUAAGGGUCAAAGGCAAAAGGAAAACAUUUAAGUUGUUUGGUUUGGAUGGUUUUGCCUCUUCAGAAGUACUAACGGAACACAAUCCUGUAAUGUUUUGCUCAUGGGUAACUGCCUCUUUGUCCUGGUAUGGCACAGAAGGUACAAGGUGCUUAUCUCCCCAUGUCUUACGGACGUGAGCCUAAAGCUUAAAUCUUUAAGCUGUCAUCUAUAUCCUUCCUGCGCUGGUGCACUGGGUCAUGUGUUUAGUCCCUACUGACCUGAACACAAUGAACAUCGAUGGUAAAAGGUGUAAAAGGUGGUUUAAGUACCUGGCCAAACAAGUGGACCCAGUCCCUACAUACCCGAUUUCGCCUCAAACGUCACGGUGAACUUUUGUGUUCAGUUAUGAAUGACCAGCAAACGCAUCCAGAUACUCGUUUAUGUGUUCUCUGUAUUCUAGGUGCAGUCCCUUAGAAGAUCCUCACAGGGCACCUCACCUGGACAAAGGUUUCUGUUCUAGAGAGUUUUGUUGUGUGCAAGAUGUCUUAGCCUGUUUAUUCAUUAAUUCUCUGUGAACUAGGUAGAACCUAGUCCUUGCAGUUAGCUUGGCAAAAUCAAUUUAUAGAGAAUUGUAUGUUUGAUUUGUGUUUGAAGUAGUCUCCCCACCCCCCCAAAGAGAACUCUCCCAGGUUCCUGAUGCACAUUAAAACAUUGAUAAAUUGACCUUUCAUUUUUACAGAAAUUAAUAUAGAAUUUAAUUAACACAAUAUAAGUAGCUAGUUACUGUAAUUUGGCAAUAUCUAUGCCAAGCGACCACCAACGAGGUAAUAUUCCUCCUUUUUUUUGUCAAAUAUAUCCAAAUUGAUUUUUGGCUUCGUAAAUAACCAUGCUGUUGUGUGUGUGUGCAUUUUGUCUUGCAGGGUAAGUUGCCAUUGGGCAUUUUCCUGUUCUUCUGACUAGAAAACCUAACAACCUUUUGGACCCCCAAGGAGGCAGCUGUGAUCCCAUUAACCCAUUUGCUAGUCAUCGUCUGAUAAACAUCGUAAAUAAAUUGCAUGGACAUUAUUUCGAGCAUAAAUGUACUGUAGGCAAUUCUUAAAAGUAUAAACUUGAAGGGGGAAAAAAAUGUAUUGUGUACCCACUAUUCACAAUAAAUGCUUGUUAAGAAAA